AUGGGACUUGUCUCCCUUGUCCUCGACAAUGUUUGUGAACGAUGUUCCGCCCUAUCAGUUUGGGCCCUUUCUGGGUUAGGAUUACUCUCCGUCAUUAUUAUUGCCGUUGUUCUGAACGUUUUGCGACAAAUCCUCUUUAAAAAUCCCAAUGAGCCUCCUGUCGUCUUCCACUGGUUCCCGUUUAUUGGAAGCACCAUUAGCUACGGCAUUGACCCGUACAAGUUUUUUUUCAACUGCCGCGCACAGUAUGGAGAUAUUUUCACGUUCGUCCUUCUGGGAAAGAAGACUACCGUUUAUCUCGGUACUAAGGGCAAUGACUUUAUCCUGAACGGAAAGCUCAAAGAUGUGUGUGCCGAGGAAGUCUAUUCUCCCCUGACAACCCCUGUAUUUGGGCGUCACGUCGUCUAUGAUUGUCCCAAUGCGAAACUCAUGGAGCAAAAGAAGUUCGUCAAGUACGGCCUUACCUCAGAUGCUCUCCGUUCCUACGUCCAGUUGAUCACUGCAGAAGUUGAAGACUUUGCUCAGAAAUCAUCAGUCUUCCAGAACGCGAAGGGUGUCUUCGACGUAUCGAGAACGAUUGCCGAGAUCACGAUUUACACUGCUUCACGCUCGCUCCAGGGAAAGGAGGUACGUGACAAGUUUGACUCGACAUUUGCGGAGUUGUAUCAUGAUCUUGAUAUGGGCUUUGCUCCCAUCAACUUCAUGCUCCCUUACGCGCCCCUUCCUCACAACCGGAAACGUGACGCGGCCCAGAGGAAAAUGGCCGAAACCUAUAUGGAGAUCAUCAAAGAGCGUCGCAAAUCUGGCGAGAAAAAAGAUUCUGAGGACAUGGUUUGGAACCUCAUGUCUUGCGUUUACAAGAACGGAACUCCGUUGUCCGACGAAGAAAUUGCCCACAUGAUGAUCGCACUUCUGAUGGCUGGACAACAUUCAUCUUCCUCUACCCUUUCAUGGAUUCUGUUGCAUCUCGCGAGGCACCCUGAGAUUGUGGAGGAGUUGUAUCAGGAACAACUCAAAGUUUUGGGAUCUGAUAUGCAUAUGACCUACGACGACCUCCAGAAGCUGGAGCUUCAUUCCAAGAUCAUUAAAGAGACAUUGCGCAUACAUGCACCUAUUCACUCGAUCAUCAGGGCAGUCAAAAGUCCUAUGCCCGUACCUGGAACCUCAUACGUUAUCCCAACGUCGCACAAUGUCCUUUCCUCGCCUGGUGUAACUGCUAGGUCCGAUGAGUUUUUUCCGAACCCAUUGAAAUGGGAUCCUCACCGCUGGGACAGCAAUCCUAUUGCCAACUCGACCGAGGAUGAGGAGAAGAUCGACUAUGGCUAUGGUCUGGUCAGCAAGGGUACCAACAGCCCUUAUCUUCCAUUUGGCGCUGGGAGACAUAGAUGCAUUGGCGAGCAAUUUGCUUAUGUCCAAUUGAUUACCGUCACCGCAGCUCUUGUGCGGCUGUUUAAGUUUGACACUGUGUCCGAGUCGGACAAAUCAUCCGUCCCGGAGACGGAUUACUCGUCUCUGUUCUCAAGACCUGCUGGUAAAUGCUUCGUGCAAUAUGAGAAGCGCAACGUCACAACCAAAGCAUGAAUUGAUACGCUCUAAUGGAUAUAUGCUUUUCAAGCCACAUAACCAGUUUAAAGGGGGCUUAAUGAUAACAGCGUAAUAUUGACAUCCCCAACGGACAAGACUGGUUGCACCAAACACUUCAUUCAUUGUACAUUAUGCUGAUUUUCUAAACUCAACUUAUAAAUCAUUAAUUCUGCCUACAUUUCAUAUUGAAACUUAUUAAUAUACGACUUGAACUU